AUGCGCUUCCCGAGUCGCCCUUGUCAAGAUCCGACCUGCGUCGAGCCGGCCGUUGUCAUUGCGCUCGACACUGUACUUGACCGCAUCGAGCUCGACGACCCCAGUGUGGACUGGUGCAGAGUACGAGUUUGCUGUCAAGACGAUCCGUGUCCUCGCCACCCAAGUUACACCUUCCCCCUACGCCUGUACCAACAUUCUACCAAUUGCAACUCGGCCACGGCCCGCAACCGGCCUACAGUCGUGUCGAUUUCCAUGGUCCAAGUCUCUGCCAUGAGCAUUACAGCCAGCAUUUGCGCUUCUUGCGACCAAGACGGGGACGUGUGCAGUGUCAGUGGCAUCUUUUGGUGUUCCAGCAACUUUAGGCCACCAGUUCGCACACUCUUGAUCGACUAUACCGCACAAUGCCAAUUGUGGGCCUCGACUCUGCCGCCGCCGACGUAUGUCAAUGGUACCAAUGACCAGGGCGAGGACAUUGAGGGCGACGAGGAGGACACUGGCGGCCACGCCAGCGAGGACAGCCAGGACGGCAUCGACGGCAGCCAAGCCGACGGCAGCCAGACACCCAGCAAUGACCAGCUCCCUGCCGAGGCUUCCGACGACGAGACCCAGGACGACGUAGACGCCUUUAGCGAGCAGGACGAGGCCAAGGACGACACUUCCCUCUUUAGCCAGCAAGACGAGGCCGAGGAAGACGUUCACACAUUCAGCGAGCAAGAAGGUCCACUCACCACGCCCCGCCAGGAGAAUCGCUUGCCCUGGCAAACUCCAGUCCAUUCUCCGCCUUCCACCCCAGCCCGGCCCGCCAAAUCGCAUCGCACAGCGAUUAUUACAAGUCCCAGCUAUUGGAAUGGUUCACCAAUCACUAGCUUCGUCCCCGACUCAGUUCCACCACUGUCCCCAAGCAAGUUUUCAGACACGUCACCCAUCAAGCUCCAGACGCCACGAGCCGAGUGGCCUGCCUGGACACUAGAGGCCCAGUCUGGGGUCCUUGACGAUGUGCACUCUCCGACCGCAGAAUGCACCGAAGAGACGGAAUGGGCGAUAGCAGACCACUAUCAUGCUGCCUUGCUUGCCCAACAAGAAGAGGACGAUACCCAAGCCAAGAAGGCAGAGGAGGCAGAGCUUGAUCGCGAGCACGCCAAGUGCCAGCUGGAUCGCGAGGCCAAGCAGCAGCAGCGUGCGCUUGAACAAGCCCUCCAAGAGCAAGUGGCUUGGCACGAACAAGACGACGCUUCAGCCAAGGAGAUUGAGCAUGCCAAGCUUGAUCGAGACGAGGCCAGGGAACAGUUGGAGAGGGAAUGUCAGGCUGUCAACGAGCAGGCUGGACACGACACCGAAGACCUGCUCGCCAAGGACCUGUCGCGCAUCGACAUUGACCAGAAGGCACAUGGCCCAACAACCCCGCCCAGUUCGCCCAUUGUCGAUGACGACUUGUGCGACAUUGACGGCGAGAUGCUGCGCAUGAUUGCGGCAGUCGAUCCAAUGCCUACAAGUUCACCAGAUGAUGACUGGGUCGACGGUCUCGAAGAGCAGCUCAUUGCCAUGGUCAAGGCUGCCGAAGACGAGCACGCCCAGAUUGCCAAUGGUCACCAGUGCGACAAUGACAGCGACGACUACCAGCCCGACCAGCUCAUGGCCCCCAAACCAUACCUUCCCUCCAGGGGCCCCAUUGAUGCACUUGCCACCAAGAUGCUCUCGCCAAAGGUCGACUCGACGACUCGCCAGGCCUGGAUUGACCUUGCCGUACAGGUUCGUGCCCAGACCGAGCGCGUGCGAUUGGCCUACGACCAGCUUAGGUCCAUCUGGCACCCCGACCCCCUACCACUGGGCUCCCAGUCGCUCAGCUACGUGCCAUUGGGUCUGUUGCCUCCAGUGGCAGCCCAUUAUGGCUGGACCUUGGAGUUUGACAAUCUACAACCCGUCGAGGUCUACUGUGCUCAAGCGUGUUGCAAGCUGGGCAUGCCCCUGGCAUAUAAGACGGACCUGACAUGUUCAUUUGCAGCAAGCCACGGAGACAAGACGCUCAUCAUUGCCUUUGACGCUGCACAAGGGUGUAUUCUCUCGUGCUACACUUGUCGAGUCGUCGCUCAGCCAUGUUCUCUUGCGGGCCGCACCAUUGCCAAGCUCGACUUUCCCUACACCAGUCUCUUGCUCAGUAAUCAAGUUGCGCCAGCACGUCAAAUAGAUCGUCUUCACUGGGAACUGGACAGGAUGGGUGCAGCGUUGCGCGAAUGUGCAGCGUUUCGUAGACUCAUAGGAUAUCCAUGA